CCUGCAUUUCAAUCACGCUUUCCGAUGUCUCUGCGCUUGACGUCGCCAUCAGGAGAAUUUUCUGAGUGGGCGGAAGGUGAAGGAGAAGCAUACAUGAAGCACAAUACCACGGAAGAUGGAGACUACGAAAUUUGCAUGAAUGCUCCUCGCCCAGUGAAAAUCAACCUCAACAUUUUCUUCCACAAUCCAGAAAGGAUGGAGAAGUCACUAGAUCGUUAUCUUAAGGUACAUGAAAUGAAGGACAAUGUAAAGAAUUCUCUCACGGCUAUCACAGAACGAUUGUACACCACGCUAUAUUCAAUCAAAUUCUACAACAAGGUAAACGUACUUACCUUGCUUGCACUAAGAUCUGUAGCUAUCUCAGUACGCGAUGAAGCAAUGCAAAAUUCAAACUCAGAUUACAUCAAAGGUUAUGUCACACUAUUCUGCAUCAGCAAUAUCAUAAUUGCAAUCGCACAAGUUGUUGUUGUUCGUGGCAUGUUCAAAGUAGAUAAAUCACGAAUUCGUAUCUAG